CAAAGAGUCAUAUUUAGAACGAUUUGAUCACCGUGAUAUCACCAGACGCCUUUUCAACACAGAGUUUUGGUCAUGGUCGCUUGAGGUGCUGAGGUCCACAGGACCCUCGUACAUAUCGAGCAUCGCCCACGCGUAACUGCGUUCUGCUGCUUUGCUUUUCAACCCAUAUUCGCGAUGGAAACAACUGAGGAACUCCAACAACUCGAAAUCACUGCAUUGAAAUCCAUAUAUGAUACCGACUUCUUCGAACCACCACCACCCAAGGCUUGGAAGGGAGCCGCCAGAUUGCCCGAGUUCAUCAUCAAAGUCGCCCACCCCGAUCCAAUCCAUGCUUCCAAGGUCUACUUCCACUUGCAUACAAAACUACCUAAAACAUAUCCCACCCUUGCAACCCCCGCGUUUACUAUACAGAAGCCAACACGUGGUAUUAACCAUGAUCUUGAGACAGCUCUUCAGAAAGCCAUUCACUCUGAGGCCCAGAUGCUCCGGGGAUCUGAAAUGGUCUUCCAGAUCAUCACGUCCGCUCAGGAGUGGCUGGCUGAUCACGUUCAUCCUGCCAUCGAAGCCUCCGGCUCUCUCGCUACUGAGAUGACGAAGCGUGCUUUGGAAGAAGAGAAAGAGCGAAAGCAACGAGAGGAAGAAGAGGCAGAAAGAGAAAUUGAGUUAGCAGCUCAACGCGCCGAACAACUCCAGGAGCAGAUCCAGGCUGAUGCGCAGAGGCAUAUGCUUGCCAAGGAGAGGCAGUACAAGGCAGCUCGGCGAAGGGCGCAGUCUGAUGCUACCGAAGUUCCCUCUUCAGGAGACACACUCACAGAGUCUUUUCCUCACGAAAUCGAAUUUAGGGGAGUCCGUUUCAGCGCCGUCAAGAUGUUUCACUCACGGAAAGAGUGUCUUGGUACCACAUACCUCGCAGAUCCGUUAUGUGACGAUGUGAACGCAACACUGCCGCUCGAGGUUCACACCAUCAGCUUUAACUCGGACUACUACACGUCUAGUCAAGGAAAGAAAAAGCUACACGCAGCAGAAGCUGAGAUUCAGAAACUGAUCAACAUUCACCAUCCGAACCUCCUAAGCACUCUCGCCGUCAAGCUGAAUUUUCCUUACUCAGGCGCUCCACCGCGCUUGACCAUUCUCUCAGAACAACGGCCGGCGUUGACGUUGCAAGACGUUCUUGAGGAUUGCGAACGUCUUCGAGAAGAUCGAGCAUCGGAAUAUCUUGGUCAAAUUCUGUCUGCCUUGAACGCAGUCCAUUCAGCGGAUAUAGUUCACAGAGGUCUUGACAUUUCUUGCAUUUAUCUUGCUACGAGAGAGAAUAGAACCCACUCCAAGAUGGUCAGAAUUGGAAAAGUUGGUUAUCACGCACGCUUGAAGGACUACCAUAAGUCUAAUCCGUUUGGCAACGGCAUAUCAAACUUGAACGAGGAGGGGUAUAUACGCCCCACACCUUGGUUAUCCAAAGACGUCCUCGAGUCUGUUCUAUCAUACACUCGGGGACGCGAUAUACACAGCGUUGGAGUCAUUCUCAUGCAAAUGGUCAAUGGAAGUGACGUCAUGAGGCAGUUUAGUGAACCAAAGGAGGCUGUGCAAGCCGCGGCUCUGUCUCCUACUCUCCAAACAUGCGCGCUAAAUAUGUUAGUGCAUGCGAAGAAAGUAUCCUGCUUGAGCCUUUUAGCGGAAUUGGCAUCGGCGGCGCCUCUGCAAUCUCCAAGACGAAUUGGAAGUCCUGCUGCAAUCCCAUUCGUUAGCGCCGAUCUGAGGACUCCGAGAACCAACGGGUACUUUGGCUCUCCAGAGAAAGACUACUUCCGAGUUCCUCAGCGGGUUGCCCCGGCCAGUCGUUGGAAGGAAGAUUGGGAGGAGCUUGAACUCUUGGGCAGAGGUGCCUUUGGGUCUGUGGUCAAGGCUCGAAACAAGAUUGACAAUCGAAUCUAUGCAGUCAAAAAGAUUCGAUUACGAUCUGACAAGGAUGACAACAAGCUGUUCCGCGAAGUGAACGCGUUAAGUCGGCUUUCACAUCGAUUCAUCGUCCGAUAUUACACGACGUGGGUUGAAUUCAAUGAGUUGAAUUCGAGCAUAUUGUCCUCAAACUCUGACACUGGAUCUGAUUCUGGGACUGAGGGUGGCAUGACGUCCGUGCCCGAAUCAUACGAGCGCGAGAAGUCUGACCCAUUCAAAGUUAAGAUGGAAGACUUGGAUGAUUAUGGGUCGAACAAGACGUCUUUCCCGAGCAUUCAUUUUACCCGCUCCGAGAUCAAGGACGAUAACCAGGAAGAAGACGAAGAAGAAGACGAUGACAGUGAUGGGGAAUUCGGCAAUCUCUUUUACUCGGAGUACAUCGCUGACGAAGUGGAUACACCGAAGGAUGCCAUCCAGCCCCGGACGUUGUACAUACAAAUGGAAUUUGUUGAGCGCCAGACACUGAAAGAGCGAGUGGCAGAGGGUUUGUCGGAAGAGGAGGCUUGGCGGCUGUUUUACCAGAUCCUCGAUGCCUUGGUGCACAUGGGUAGCAUGGGUAUCCUUCACCGAGAUAUCAAGCUCACAAACAUCUUCAUUGAUGGGAAAGGAGACUGCAAAGUCGGAGACUUUGGUUUGGCUACGUCGAGUUUAGCGGCUGUUGACCCCUCAGAUCUGUCACCGUCAGUCGUCCAUUCAGAUUCUGAACUGACGCUCGAGGUUGGAACUAAGUUGUACAUAGCUCCCGAAGUCCAAUCCAGGAAACGAGGACCCCGCAAUCACAACAAAGCUGACAUUUAUAGUUUGGGGAUCGUCUUCUUCGAGAUGAACUACUCUUUUUCCACGGCAUCCGAGCGUAUAGCUGUGCUUGAAGAUCUACGGAAGCCCGAGGUAUACUUCCCUCGGGAUUGGGACACUCACCGUUCUAGCCAGAAACAAAUUAUUGCAUCGCUCCUUCGGCAUGACCCUGCGGAGCGUCCGAACGCCUUGGAACUCUCUCAGAGUCCUCUUCUCCCUCCCAGAGUAGAGGAUGAAUAUUUCAAAGGAGCUCUACGGAUGAUGGCUAAACCGGACUCUCCAUACCAUCAGGGCGUGUUGUCUGCCAUGUUCAACCAGCCUGUAAACCAAUCCCGAAGCUAUUUGUACGACCUCGAGGCUGAAAUUCCCGAGCACGCGUAUCUGAACGAUGUCGUCGAGGACCGAAUCGCAGCCAUAUUUCGACUUCACGGAGCAGUCGAUAUGGAACCUCCGCUUUUAUUACCGUCGACCAAUCCUGAAGAGAGCCAGAACCAUGCUACCUUCAUUGAUCGUCACGGGGAAUUGGUUUGCUUGCCGAACAAUGCGCUAGUUCCUUUUGCUCGGUUAGCUGGACGAGGUGGCCUGCGAAGAAUCAAGCGAUUCCAUAUCACGGAUAUCUAUCGGCCGAACUCCGCCCCAGGACAUCCGAAGGCUACAAGAGCGGCGGUUCUUGACGUCAUCACUCCCGACACCAAGCAUGGACUCAUAGCAGCUGGUGCCGAGUUCCUCAUGCUUCUCAGCAAUUGCUUGAACAGCUUUCCAAACCUUGCUCAGAACUACGAGAUCCACAUCUCCCAUUCCAAGAUUGCGGAUCUUGCUUUGAAUCGUAUUCCUGAGGAGCUCCGUUCUUCGGUGAUCGAAAUCAUCAAUCAGUCCAAAUCUACUGCUUCACAAAAGCGGGCGUCUCUGUUGAAGAAAGGGCUCUUGAGGAGUACGACGGAUGAAUUAGAAGUGCUGGCUGAAAUAGACGAAGACAUUGACGCUCUCCUAUCCAAGCUGGAGAAACUUUCGCCUACCCUUGUUACGGUCAUGAAGCCUGCCGUGGAGGAAAUCAAGCAAACGAUCCAGUUUGCCACAUCUGCGGGUUUUUCUUCCCCAGUCUUCUUCCAUCCCUUGAUGUGGGGCGCUCAUCACAUGCAUUUCAAGGAAGGAGUGCGCAUCGAAGUGGUUAGACGAACUAGACGGCUGGACGUUCUCGCUGCAGCUGGACGAUAUGACAAUCUCAUCGCCCAGUAUUCUAAACCGAAACCUAGGUUUGAUCCUAUUUGCGCAUUCGCCGUACAAAUCGCCCUGGAGAAGAUCACAGUUGUCUUAGCGGCCUUCCAGAGCACCUCCGUCAAAGCACUCGUUAAGGAACAACGCUCGUUCGGUUUCUGGAGCCCUCGGAGAUGCGACGUAUACAUUCUUUCAUAUCAAACGGGCUACUUGCAGGACCGUCUGGAAGUGGCUUCUUUGCUGUGGCAAAACAAUAUCAGCGCCGAUAUCAUGUAUGAUGCCAACCUCCUGGAAUUUGAACAUGAGAGUCAUGUCGACCUAUGCGCACGUGAAGGGAUAUUAUUUGCCAUCUAUCCUCGACCCCGCACCGUGCGCCGCGAGCAGGCUGCUUUCAAGGUGAAGAGCAUCUUGAAGAACACAGAGUAUGAAGUUUCACGCCAAGAUCUUGUCGGCUGGCUUCAACACCAGAUUGCUGAGCAAAAACGCAUAGACUUGGCUACCUCAGGUUCCUCUGCCUACCCUGACGCUCUUCCCGUUCCUGUGCCAUCCAAGGACUCAUCCGCCUCUGAAGUACAGCUGAUUCUACCCGUCGAUACAAAGAAGCAGAGAAAGCAUGUCAAACAAAUCCUUCUCGAUCGAGCGUACGAAAGGGCCGAGCACCUUAAAAUGGCGGUGCAAAAUGGGUUGCCGACGCUCGCUGUUGAUGUUCCAAACACGGUCUUUGAUACCCUGUCGAAGAAUGCCACCUGGAUCACCGAUGAAGAGGCUUGGAAGGGUAUUACAACGUCGAUGCCUACUGUCCACAUGACAUACGCCCAGCAAAUUCGCGAAGCAGCUGCUAAGCGAAAGGCUGAAGGAUUGCCAUAUUUGCUGUUGUAUGCUACACGAGAGGAGCGCAUGCAAAUUCUUACUCUCAAUUAGGUCUGUUGUGACAGUUUCCCGUUUGCUUUACUUUAUGAUGCCCACUAUCCAUGGAU